AUGUUGAACCCGAACCCCCACAAGGAGCUGCUCGAUUGGGUCGAGAGGGUCUCCAACUCGGCGCUGCAAGGUGACCCGACUUAUGCGAAUUUCAAGACACUCCAGGACCAGAUAAUCCAAAAACUAGAGGCCGCGGGCUUGUGCUACCGCGAGCAGAGCAAGCCUUUCCACGUCGGUGUGGAGCCGUCCAACAGGCACGGCAUCGGCGUGGAGGCGGUGGACGUGCACAGCUUGAUCCAGUGCAUCGCCACCGUUGGUUUCAGUUGGUCUGAGGCAGCUGGCGGGGUCGCCAUCGAGCUCAGCAGCGACCCCACCACGCGCCAGAAGCAGCGCGACUUCCAGGACCACCUGAGCGCGAUCUCAGGUGGCGCGAUCCCGCCGAUGAAUGCGAAUGACCUCCGCUACCUCUCGAUCACGAACGGCCACACCAACGCGGGCCUGCGCUGCAUCGACAGAGAGUGCAAGACGACCUUGACGUCGGACGCCUUGGUCGUUGACGGCCACUUGGCGAAGGAGAAGGUCUACACGGCGUGUCCUUCCUACAAGGAGGCGGUCGAGAACGGCCUGCACUGGUUGAUCAUCCGUGCUGAGGUGCCUGCGAGCUGCGCGAGCUUCUGCAGCUUCUUCCAGGAGGCUGACAACGCGACCCACGGCGCGCAUAGGGUCCAGUCUUCAAUGCAGACGUUGCUCCAGAUCCACUCCCGCGCGGUCAGGGGUGGAUCGAUGCCCGAUGAUAAGAUGUGGGCCGCCAUCGCCAGGGAGAUCGAGAGGACGAAGCCUUUUUUGGCUGGCCAGUGCCACGACCUCUGCAUGUUCGUGAAGGAGUGGGGCGGGGGCACCGAGCCAGUGCACUUGCGGGAUCUGGAGGAGUUCUCCAAGACCCUCGUGUUCAGGAGGGACAUCAGCGGGGCGACGUUCAAGGCGUUCGCGUCGAUCCCGAUGGUGCAAGCGCCAGAGUACAUCGUAUCGUGUGUGAAGGCAUGCUUGGUGGCACCUGAGAACUUCUGCCGCGGCAACGAGUGCCGCCUCUUUACGACCUCGGACUGCGCGUCCAUCUCGUCCAAGCACAAGGCGUCCGCGAUCACGGUUGCCACGAUGAUUCGCCACGCUGCCAAAUUCAUGGAGACAGUUGGCAUGUCACAGACAGAUCGCUGCAAAACCAUGAGCGACUUCCAGGUGAAGUGCGUCAUGCACGUCCAUGGCAAGAAGUCCGGGAACCGCAGGUGCUUCGGCAACCUGAAGGAGAUCGGCCAGUGGCUGUUGGAGACGAUCUGGGAGCUCUACCCUGUGGCAAAGGACUUGGACCAACCCUGGCCCGUCCUCGAGCCGAAGGGCACUUCGCCGAAGCAGGACGACUCUGGCUUCAGGCAGUUCUCCAGCACGGGCGGCGUCUCUUCCGACUGCUUGGGCAGCCGCGGCUUCAAGACAGGCGUCACCAUCGAGAAGGAGAACAAGAUGUACAUCAUCAAGAAUCUCAGCACCGAGGGGGCCACUUUGCAGGAGAAGGUCGACGGCGCCGACCCCGUCGACGGCGACGACGGCGAUGACUUGAUCAACGUCACCGUUGGCCAGUUGCUCGACGAGUACAAGGCACGCGCCUUCUGCACACUGCUUUUGUUUCUCAUGCUAUAA